CGGCCGGGGAGGAGGGGAGCGGGGCUAUAAAAGAGCUGAGAAAGUCCAGGACAGGGGUUUGACUCCGGAGGGCCAGAGAGAGCGAGAGACAGGCAGCGAGAGACUGAAAGACAGACAGACAGAGAGACAGUCUCUCUUGCUGCCGUCCUUCAGCACCUGAACCGGGAUCAGUGAUCUGGUUGGAUUGCAGCAGAAUGCCUUGUGACGUCAGCGCGCAGGUGUCCCGCGGCCAGUCGGAGCGGCAGUGCCAGCGGAGCUCCUUCGCCUUCUACCGCGCGGUGCGGGACCUGCGGCCGGCCUGGCUGCUGGAGGACAUGCGCACCAUGGAGGUCUUCCACUGGGAGGACGGCCGGCCGUGCGCGUUCACCCCCUCGGAGGCUCUCCUCUACGCCCUCGUGCAUGACCACCAGCAGUAUGCGCGCUACCUGCUGGACAGGUACUCCGUGAGCGCGCUCGGCGCGCCGAGCCGCAGCUUCUGCUGCUGCGCGGCGUCAGGUGCGCCGCACCUGUCCGUGGCCGUGCGCUACAACCGAAUCUCUAUCCUCGGCAUGAUCGUGGACGCGCUCAAGGACCUCCCCAGCGAGAACGCGCGCCGGGACUACCUGAACUGCCGCGGCGGGUGCGCGCACGCCGCGGACGCAGGAAAAACGGCGGUGCAUUUGGCGUGCGAGCUCGCGCGCCCGGAGUGUCUGCUGCUGCUGCUGGCGCACGGCGCAUGCCCGUACCUGGCGGACCGCGCGCGGCAAAGCCCGCUGGAGCGCGUGCUUCACCAACUGCGGCAGGACUCGGGCGCGGCGGCGGACACGCGCGGUCGGCAGGUGUGCGCGGGCUACCUGCUGCUCUUCAUGCCCAAACCGCCCAAACUUCACUUCCUGCAGCGCGAGCCGCAGCUGUGGCAGAGGCUGCUGGGAAACCACGCCUACCGCUGGCUGGCCGGCCUGGCCCCGCCCACCCUGUUCAUCCAGGCCUUGCAGACUGUAACCCGGGACGUCCCGGGACACCUGGACGCUCUGCCCCACUUCCUGAAGCCGCUGGACUUCCGGCUGGCGGGGCCUCUGUGGCCCUCCUGACAGUUACCAUGGAAAC